CAGACGGAAUCCUUGCUAUAUUGUCGUUUUCUUUACCUUCAUCAUGGGCCAUGGAAACUCGAACAAGUUGUAUAUCACCCAUGCCGAGCACUCGGGGAUGUUCGGCCAGCAUACGGCAUCGUCUGCAGGAUUCAGAGCAAAACAGGAAGGCCCUCAUCCUGCUUCCCUUACUCCAUUUGACUGCUGCGCUCUUUCUUUCCAACCAUUUUCACAUCCCGUUUGUGCUCGCAACUCAGAUGGGACAGGGAGUGUCUUCGAGUUAACCAACAUCAUCCCGUGGCUGAAACAGCAUGACAACACGAAUCCUCUCACGAAUGAACCAUUGACACCCGCCGACCUCAUCUCUCUGAAUUACUCGCGGAAGUCCUCAGGCGAAUUCCACGAUCCUAUCUCGUUCAAGCCAUUUAGCGAGCACUCGCAUAUUGUAGCUAUUGCUAGUACCGGGAACGUGUUUCUAGCAGACAGUGUGAAGGGAGGAAAAGAUCUGGUUAACGACGUGCGGUUCAAAAAAGAAGAUGUCAUCACAUUGCAGAACCCUCACGGUCUACCACCUACGUCUAUUUCAUCUGCUAAAGCAACGUCGUCUGUUGCAAAAGACACAAGUGCUGUAACAAAAUCUGUAGCAAAGCCUGGACCAGUGGUCAGCAUUCAGAAGGAAACUGUUCCUUGGAAUGUCUCACCAUAUUCAUCUGGCCUUCCUGGGGCCUCUUUAACUUCAACUUCCGUAGAUCCGCAAGUCUCAUCAUCGAAGUUGGUUUGGGAUGAGGAAGAGCUGAUGUUUGAAGACAUCUCUAAGCCAUUAAAGGGUAAAGGUAAGGAGAAAGACGUAGGAAAGCGACGCGCAUAUGUGCGUGUCGUUACAAGCCUGGGUGGAAGCUUAAACCUGGAGCUAUUCUGCGAGAAGGCACCCAAAACUUGCUACAAUUUUCUCAUGCUGGCUCGACAAGGAAAAUACAAAGACUGUCUUUUCCAUCGACUAGUUCCAGGAUUUAUGAUUCAAACGGGAGACCCCACCGGUACAGGCUCUGGAGGCCAGUCGUACUGGGGAACACCAUUCCGCGAUGAAUAUGACAUGAAAGGUGCAGCCAAGCAUGACAGCAGAGGUGUCAUUGCCAUGGCUAAUAAAGGGGCAAGUACGAAUGGCUCGCAAUUCUACGUCACAUUCAGAGCUACACCACACCUUGACAAGAAGCACACAGUCUUUGGCAAGCUGGUAGGGGGCGAGGACGUUCUUGACACGCUAGAAAAGCUGCCCCUCAAAGAUGGCACCGAGCGUCCCGCAAAGCCCGUCAAAAUCACUGAGGUUGUCAUCUAUCAAGAUCCUUUUGAGGAUUAUAAAACACGUCUAGCAAAGAAGCUUUCCAAGAGGGCUGAAGCAGAAGAAAGCGCGCGAACACCAAAAGUUACAGAAAAGAAAGGAGACGAUGUCAAUUGGUUCGGUCUCAAGGUAGGGGUUGAGUCAGUCGUUGGGACGGUUGGUGCAGGCGGCGGUGUUGGCAAAUAUCUUCACUUGAAAAGACCCGCCGGCCCCGCAGGAAAUGUUCAUGGAGAGCAAGAGAGCAAAAAACGCAAGUUGGGCUUCGGGGAGUUUGAGAAUUUCUAAGAUUGUCAUGGUGUAUUUUUACAUAGGUAUAUUUACAGACACUUAAUAUACAUACAAGCCGCGCUCGAU